UUGCCGCAUGUAAUUUUUAUGUCAUCAGUCGGUCCAAUUGGCAGUUGCCGCACCGAAACAAGAAACCAGGGUCAAAACAAAGCACUCAUCAAUUAAACAGCACUCCAAUCCACCAGCCCCCCCGCUAUUCUGUUCCAUUCGGCCAGGAUCAGGACCAGGAUGUCGACCCGUCGCCAGGCGAUCACGUUAUACAGGAAUCUCCUGCGCGAAUCGGAGAAGCUGCCCUCGUACAACUUCAGAAUGUACGCUGCCCGCAAAAUACGCGACACAUUCCGCGCCAACAGGAGCACCAGGGACUACGCGGAGAUCGAUCGCCAAAUGGCCGAGGGCCAGCAGAAUCUGGAGCUGAUACGUCGCCAGGUAAUCAUCGGCCACCUGUACUCCGCUGACAAACUGGUCAUAGAGAACAAGAAGACCCUGAAGCCCUCGGACGACUGAGGGAAAUAAGGAGCGGAAAACGCGCUAGCUGAAGAGAGUACAAUAGCAGGGAAGGAGCGGUAGAAGGAGCAGGAGGCGUCUCCAGAUGAAGACAAAA